AUGCUUACUAUAACUAGUUAUUUCGGUUUUCUACUGGCGGCUUCAACUAUAACCCCAGCUCUUUUUAUUGGUCUGAGCAAGAUACGACUUAUUCGAAAUUCAUUGAAUGAACAAUUCAUAAAAAUAAAUGUUUCUGUGAGAUUCCAGGUAUGGAAUACUGCCUUCCCGCGUCAAUUGCCAAUUCUUGGUCAUUGA